AUGCAAAGCAACACAACCACCACCACUCACUUUGUUCCAUCAUCAUCAACAACAACAACAUCAUCAUCAAGCCUUUUUGAUAUACUUAAUUUUACAAAGCCAAUAUUUACAAAACUUUCCACCGUAGUAGUAUUUCCCUUUUUAUCGGGAGUUUUCUCUGCUUUGGGCGAGUAUUCAAUGAGAUUUAUGUAUUCAAAAUUUCAACAAGUAUCAAAGAAAAAUAACACUACUGAAUAUGAUCCUUUAGAGACAUUUGUUACUAACGGAAGACCAUUAAAUACAUUAAAAAGAAAAAAGAUUUAA